AUGCAACCGGGGGUCUGUGUGCCCAUUGCGGCUGCGCUGGGCCUGUUUUGCCGAGGUUGUCUCAGCAGGGCGCGGAGUUUGCCCGGUCGCAGCAUCAGCUGUUUGCCUAGGCAGAUGAGCAGGUGGAACAGCCGUGAGACCUGCAGCCCUCCACCUCCUCAGGAAAACCCCCGUGUCCUCAUCACGGGUGGUCUCGGGCAGUUAGGUGUGGGACUGGCACAGUUACUGAGGAAACAGUACGGAACAGAGAAUGUAAUCCUGUCAGACAUUAAGAAGCCUCCACCUGACGUUUUCAGCAGUGGCCCAUUUGUAUACGCUGAUGUGUUGGACUACAAGCAUCUCCGAGAACUGAUUGUAAAUUAUCGUGUCACUUGGCUGAUCCACUACAGUGCUCUGCUAAGUGCUGUUGGCGAAGCUAAUGUGGCUUUGGCACGCAAGAUCAACAUCACAGGUCUUCAUAAUGUGCUGGACUUGGCCCUAGAGAACUGCCUGCGCCUCUUUGUCCCCAGCACCAUUGGAGCGUUUGGUCCCUCUUCUCCACGUGACCCGGCCCCUGACCUCUGUGUCCAAAGACCUCGAACCAUUUACGGCGUGUCCAAAGUGCAUGGAGAACUGAUGGGGGAGUAUCUCCAUCAUAAAUAUGGUCUGGACUUCCGCUGCCUACGUUACCCAGGUGUGAUAUCAGUCAACACACCUCCGGGAGGAGGAACAACAGACUAUGCAGUUCAGAUCUUCCACGAUGCUCUCAGCACAGGUCACCAUGAGUGCUACCUGCGUCCUGACACCCGCCUUCCCAUGAUGCAUAUCUCUGACUGCCACCGUGCCACUGUAGAGUUCAUGCAGGCUCCAGAGUGCCAGCUGUCUCUGCGUACCUACAACAUUGCCGCCAUGAGCUUCACUCCAGAAGAGGUGGCCGAAGAAAUCCGCAAGCAUCUCCCUCACCUCAAAGUCACCUACAAUCCCGACUCUGUCCGCCAGACCAUCGCAGACAGCUGGCCUGUGAGGUUUGAUGACUCCAAUGCCAGGAAAGAUUGGGGCUGGGCACCAGUCUUCGGGCUCGACGGACUGGUGUCAGACAUGCUGCGCUCCAUUCGAGACAAGAGGAAAAGCGAGGGUUUGCCAGUCAGCUAGCAAAACCUGCUCCGCAAAGACAGACCAAUGCCCUACCCCUGACUUUCCUUCAGGCUGCAUUUACCCACACUUCCUUUUCCUUCACUUUCACAUGUUGUCAACCAGUAUCCUCCGUUACUCUGGAACAGAUGCUCUCAAUUUACAGUGGACAGUGAGAUGUCAUACACAUGCACUCAAACACACACAUUUCAGUCUUUUUUAGGGAAUAAUAUACUGUCAAACCUUCCCUCCAUCUUUGUUGUUUUUAAUCGUUAUCAUGGUAUAAGCAUCACUUUACACACGUUGCCUCAGACAGAACAGAAAAAGAGAUUUCCAAAUGCCAUGUUAAUCACAUCAAUGGACACAACAUUACAAUGUCUAUGAAAAUGUCUAAUACAAUAUGGACCAGUUGCACACUUAGAGUAACACAUUUGUUGGACACUUUGAUUCCAGGAUCAUCUGGAAUGGCUGGCUAAGUUAACUCUGGACUGUAAUGAAUCACCACGGAUUCUGGCUGUUUUUAAAGGCAGUGUUUUCUAAUAUAGUCUAUCAAGUGACACACUGUAUACAAUCCCACUACCCUUGCUGUGGCAUCUAACAGGAAGCCUUUAUUUUUGCCUCUUUUUCGCCAGAAGUGUUAUUUUAAAUUAUGAUUGAGCACCAAUA